AUCCGUAGCUUAGGUCGAUCGGACGAAACGGAACGAAAUUAUUCUUCAAGCGACCACGAGAGUACGUGGUGCGUGCGGAGCAGAAAUACAAAUUUUAUAGUUACUAAGUAAAAUAAGUUCACAUAAAACAAAAUGAGGGAAAUCGUGCAUAUCCAGGCCGGACAAUGCGGUAACCAGAUUGGAGCCAAGUUCUGGGAGAUCAUCUCGGACGAGCACGGCAUCGACCCCACCGGCGCCUACCAUGGCGACUCCGACCUGCAGCUGGAGCGCAUCAACGUAUACUACAAUGAGGCCUCCGGCGGCAAGUACGUGCCCCGCGCCAUCCUGGUCGACCUCGAGCCCGGUACCAUGGACUCGGUGCGCUCGGGACCCUUCGGACAGAUCUUCCGACCGGACAACUUCGUGUUCGGCCAGUCCGGCGCCGGCAACAACUGGGCCAAGGGACACUACACCGAGGGCGCUGAGCUAGUCGAUUCAGUAUUAGACGUCGUACGCAAGGAAGCAGAGUCAUGUGAUUGCCUCCAAGGUUUCCAACUCACACACUCCCUCGGCGGCGGCACUGGUUCCGGUAUGGGCACACUUCUUAUCUCCAAAAUCAGAGAGGAAUAUCCCGACAGAAUUAUGAACACAUACUCAGUUGUACCUUCGCCCAAAGUGUCAGACACAGUAGUAGAACCUUACAACGCCACACUAUCAGUCCACCAGUUAGUAGAAAACACAGACGAGACCUACUGUAUCGACAACGAGGCCCUAUAUGACAUCUGCUUCCGCACGCUCAAACUAUCCACACCCACGUACGGAGACCUUAACCACCUGGUGUCGCUCACCAUGUCCGGCGUGACGACGUGUCUGCGGUUCCCUGGUCAACUGAAUGCGGAUCUCCGCAAGUUGGCAGUCAACAUGGUGCCGUUCCCCCGUCUUCACUUCUUCAUGCCCGGCUUCGCUCCCCUGACAUCCCGCGGCAGCCAGCAGUACCGCGCCCUCACCGUGCCCGAGCUCACCCAACAGAUGUUCGACGCCAAGAACAUGAUGGCGGCGUGCGACCCCCGCCACGGCCGCUACCUCACCGUGGCCGCCAUCUUCCGUGGCCGCAUGUCCAUGAAGGAGGUCGACGAGCAGAUGCUCAACAUCCAGAACAAGAACUCGUCGUACUUCGUCGAAUGGAUCCCCAACAACGUGAAGACCGCCGUGUGCGACAUCCCGCCCCGUGGUCUCAAGAUGGCCGCCACCUUCAUCGGCAACUCGACCGCCAUCCAGGAGCUGUUCAAGCGCAUCUCGGAGCAGUUCACCGCUAUGUUCAGGCGCAAGGCUUUCUUGCAUUGGUACACUGGCGAGGGCAUGGACGAGAUGGAGUUCACCGAGGCGGAGAGCAACAUGAACGACCUGGUGUCCGAGUACCAGCAGUACCAGGAGGCCACCGCCGACGAGGACGCAGAGUUCGACGAGGAGCAGGAGCAGGAGAUCGAAGACAACUAAGCACUCACACCCCCUGUCCCCCCAACACCCUAAUAAUACCCCUGCUCCCCGAUCCGAGCGUCCGGCGCGUCGCACGGGACGUCUUUUGAUUUGCAUUAGUAUUUCCGUGUAAUUGUACCGUCGUUGACUUAAUUUUUGUUACGUAGGACGUUCCUACAUGUUGGUUACGUCGCGUCUACAUUCCCGUGUGUGUGUUUUCCUUGAUCGAAGGGCGACUCUCGGAUGUUUAUGGCUGUAAACAGGUUCCCCCAGCGACGUGGGCCCUUCGCCUGACUACCAACACAGUGCUGUCGACACACUGAUGACACAAAGGAAAAGAUCUUUUUUUUGAUAAGGCUGAACUAUUUUUUAAUGCCUAAGUUUAAUUUUAAUACUUUGUUUGAUACUGUUCAGAUAUUGUGUUAUUCAUUGGCUUUUUACUAAGAAGCUAGUACAACAUUUCGAAAUCGAUCAAAGGUUUUUAAUUAUUAUUAUAUUCCAGUGAGUAUGUAAUAAACUACAAUGAUUUUA